CCACUGAGCACAGAGAUCCGCCAGGCAGCAACCGUCCGCCGGCAUGAGCCUCACCCGGAGCCCCGUCCUCCUGCUGCUCCUCCCGGCCGCGCUGCUGCUGCUCUGCGCCCGCAUCCAGGUGUCUUCAGCUUCGGGACACUUUGAGCUCCAGAUCUUAUCGAUGCAGAACGUUAAUGGGCGGCUGCAGAGCGGCGCCUGCUGCGACCGGACCCGACCAGACGCCUCCGCCGACCGCCGGUGUGCUGCGAUGGACGAGUGUGACACUUACUUCCGCGUCUGUCUGAAGGAGUACCAGCUGAAGGUGAGCUCGGCCGGACCCUGCAGCUUCGGAGCCGCCUCCACGCCAGUCCUCGGCGGGAAUACUUUCUCUUUACGCAACGGCAAGAGCGACAAGGCCGGGAUCGUGCUACCGUUCAGCUUCGCCUGGCCGAGAUCGUACACGUUGAUCGUGGAAGCUCUGGACUUCAACAACGACUCUUCAUCCGGCAGUGUGGGCGGGGGGGCUCUGAUAGAGAAGGCCGUCCACUCAGGGAUGAUCAACCCGAGCCGUCAGUGGCAGAGCCUGAAGCACACCGGGCCGGCGGCUCAGUUCCACUUCCAGGUCCGGCUCAGCUGUGACGAACACUACUACGGCUUCGGAUGCAACAAGUUCUGCAGACCCAGAGACGACUUCUUCGGACACUACGAGUGCGACCACAACGGGAACAAGACCUGUCUGGACGGCUGGGCGGGGCCAGACUGCAACACGGCGAUCUGCAGGCAGGGCUGCAGCACUGAACAUGGAUCCUGUAAAGAUCCUGGAGAGUGCCGGUGUCUGUACGGGUGGCAGGGUGAGUACUGUGAUCAGUGUAUCCCUCACCCCGGCUGUGUUCAUGGAAGCUGUGUGGAGCCGUGGCAAUGUCUGUGUGACACCAACUAUGGAGGACAGCUGUGUGACAAAGAUCUGAACACGUGCAGAACUCGACAGCCGUGUCUGAACGGAGGAACCUGCAGCAACACGGGACCUGAUAAAUACCACUGCUCCUGUCCCGAGGCCUUCUCUGGAAUACACUGUCAGAGAGCUGAUCAUGCCUGCCUGUCGUCUCCGUGUCUGAACGACGGUCGCUGUGAGGAGACGGCUCAGGGCUUCGAGUGUCACUGUGGCCCCGGCUGGACCGGACCCUCCUGCUCCAUCAAUGUGGACGAGUGUCUGGUGAACCCCUGCAGUCACGGAGGAACCUGCCAGGAUCUGAUCAACGGCUUCAGGUGCAGCUGCCCCCCCCAGUGGACCGGCAAGACCUGCCUCAUCGACGCUAACGAGUGUGCAGAGAACCCGUGCGUCAACGCCAACUCCUGCCGAAACCUGAUUGGAGGAUAUUUCUGCGAGUGUCUUCCUGGUUGGACGGGUCAGAACUGUGACAGCAAUAUUAACGACUGUCGAUCUCAGUGUCAGAACGGAGCCACGUGUAAGGAUCUGGUGAACGGUUAUAAAUGUGUGUGCGCUCCGGGCUUCGGCGGCAAUCACUGUGAGAAAGACGUGGACGAGUGCGCCAGCGGUCCGUGCCUCAACGGCGGCCGUUGCCAUGACGAAGUGAACGGCUUCCACUGCCUGUGCCCACCUGGUUUCUCUGGGCGACGCUGUCAGUCGGAUGUUGAUUUCUGCCUCGACGGUCCGUGUCUAAACGGCGGUCAGUGUUUCAACCUGGCGUCGGACUACGUGUGUAAAUGUCCAGAAGACUACGAGGGCAAGAACUGCUCGCGCCUGAAGGACCACUGCCGCACGACGCCCUGCAAAGGUUCCACAUCUCAUCUACUUCCUGUCUGA